AUGCCUAUACUCCAAGUGGUUACAAGCUGUGAAGUCAGCUCGUAUGUCCAAACCUUUGAAAAGAAGUUUUUAUGGUGUGCCUAUUGGGUAGGAUUAGGGGUGUUAUCAUCCGUUGGACUGGGCACUGGACUUCAUACAUUUCUCUUAUAUCUGGGUCCACAUAUAGCAGCCGUUACCCUAGCAGCCUAUGAGUGUGAAAGUCUUGAUUUUCCAGAACCUCCAUAUCCUGAUGAAAUUAUCUGUCCAGAUGAUGACAGUGGGACCACUUUGGAAAUUUCAAUUCUUGCUAUAAUGAGUAAAGUUCGUCUAGAAGCUUUCAUGUGGGGAGCUGGGACUGCACUGGGUGAACUUCCACCAUAUUUUAUGGCAAAAGCAGGUAAUUAACCUUCAGAUGCCA